CAUUUCGUAUAAAAGUUAUGCAGCUCUUUUAAUUAAGCAUCAGUUUCUGCACAGUGUUCCAACAGUGAAGUUAAUCGUUAACAGGAGAUCCAAGAUGUUCAAGAUCAUCGUUUUGGUUGCCUGUUUGGCCGUCGUUGCUUCUGCCCAAUUUUUCGGAGGAGAUCAAGGCCACCAUGAAGACUACCAUACUUAUCCGAAGUACAAGUAUGAAUACGGUGUCAAAGAUUACCACAGCAAGGACCACAAGAGCCAGUGGGAAAGUCGGGACGGUGACCACGUCAAGGGACAAUACACUCUAGAUGAGGCCGAUGGAACGCACCGCAUUGUGGACUACACCUCCGACCACAAAACCGGGUUUCAGCCACAUGUUCAGCGUAAAGGUCACGCCCACCAUCCACACGGAGAAAGCUAUGCCAACAUCGAACAACACUACUGAGCAAAUAAUUCGGACAAGUUCGGUUGUACCAAAGAUGCUUCUGUUGUUCCUACUGCUAUGCCGAAAAUUGUUGCACUCGAAGCCAUUCUCGUUUUCUUAUUAGACGUAACUGCAAUCAAUAAAACUAUCUGAGAUCUUUAUCA